AUGCUCGGGCGGCGCGGUUCGUCUCGAAGGCGAAAUGCUGCGAGCACGGUUCGCCUCUCAAUCGAUGUGCGGGCAGCACGGUUCGCCACAAAGGCGAAGUACGGCGAGCACAGUUCGCCUCAGAAGCAAUGUGCAGGCAGCAUAGCUCGCCUUGGAAUCGAUGUGCGGGCAGCACUGUUCGCCACAAAGGCGACUUGUGGGCAGUACGAUUCAAUCAGAAGGAACGCUCGGGCGGCCCGGUUCGCCUCAGAAUCGAUGUGCUGGCAGUACAGUUCGCUUCGAAGUCGAAUUGCGGGAGCACGGUUCGCCUCAAAGGCGAAGUGCGGCUAG